AUGAAAUUUUCACUUUUUCAAAUAGUAUUCCUGACGAUUUCGCCAGUUUUGGCUACACUAAGAGGUCCCAAAGCAGUUGCGUUUGGAACACCAGAAACUCCGCCACAGAAACCAAAGCAAGUUGAUGGCAGGUUUCAAGCUUUGCAGCCAAGAAAUUGUACGAGAAAAAGUUAGUUAGCAAUUUGAUUUCAGCUUGGAAUUUUAACUUUAAAAAUUUCAUUUUUUUUUUUAAAUACUACAGUAAUCCGAACUGCAAAUUAUAGGAAUAUAGAAUUUCAACUUUUUGAAAACACUACAGUAACCGAAACUGCAAAAAAAUCUUUAAAAAUUUGA